UAAGAGGUAAGAGGUAAAGAAAAGAAAGAAAAGAAAGAAAAGAAAGAAAAAGAAAGAAAAGAAAUGGAAAGCAGAAGGGACCCAGUAACCCCACCACCUCACUCAAUGACUUUUGCAUUAAAAGGUGUUAAAGGUCAACUCUAUCCCACUGUCUCCAACUAAUAAUAUAUCUUGUCCUUUCUCUCUCUCUCUCUCUCUCUCUAUUCCCGAUUUCACCGAGUCCUCAAUCUAACGGCUAUUCUCAACCCUUUUGACCUUAUCUCUCUCUCCCCACAAAUUUAAAACCCUCAUCACCCCUUUUUAAACACAAGGGUCAAACCUCCUGACAUUUCCCUCUUACGUGCUCCCUUCUCAUUUGCUCUACCCUUUGACGGCACACGGACCACAAUCCACACCUCACUUUGACUCCAAUCCUUUCCUUCCCUAAUUCUCUUUUCAUCUUCUCUCUUUUCUUCCUUUCCUUUCCUCCUCACCACUUUCUUCUUCUCUCCCAAUUUCACUUCCCUUUUCCUUUUUCCUCUCAAUAUAAAUACUCCCUUUUCUUUCCAUUCCAUAUGCUUCUUCUUAACAAUAACAUGGCUGUCGAGCUCCUCGUCGGAUUUGGUGAUGCUACACCUUCUAAUCAUUUCACCCCCAACAUGGAAGAAAAUGCUGCUGUUUCUGCUGUUCAAGAAGCCGCUUCUGCUGGGAUUCAAAGCGUCCAGAAUUUCCUCCGAUUGAUGUCUCAUACAACUAAUCACCAACACUCCCAACAUGAUUCUUCUACUUCCUCUACUCCCAAUAAUGGAUAUCAAGCCGUCGCAGAUUCCGUCGUUAAUAAAUUCAAGAAGGUUAUUUCUUUGCUUGACCGCAACAGAACCGGCCAUGCUCGUUUCAGAAGGGCUCCGGUUCUUACAACUACUACUACUACUACUACUCCGCCUCCUCCUCCUCCGCCAAAGGUCAAGCCCCAGCAUCAAGAUCCGAGUUCGUCGUCUCCGAUUUCGGUACCUCCGGUUCAAGUAAAGAAACAAGAAUCAGUUUCUGCUUUUAAGGUUUAUUGUCCAACGCCUUCCUCCGUUGUGCGUUUGCCUCCUCUGCCUCACAACAACCCUCAUCAGCCUUCUCAUCCAUCCAAUACCUUUCAAGCCCAGCAAAAUACUUCGUCGGUGGUACUCAAAAAUGGGUCUGUAGAUAGAAAAGAUGCGACUACCACCAUCAAUUUUGCAGCCUCGCCCCCAAUCUCCGCUGCAAAUUCGUAUAUUUCAUCGUUAACUGGAGACACCGAAAGUUUACAGCCAUCUCUGUCAUCUGGGUUCCAGUUCACCCACAUGUCCCAGGUCUCUUCUGCCGGAAAGCCCCCUCUUUCAUCCUCUUCGUUAAAGAGAAAAUGUAAUUCCAUGGAGGAUUCCGCCAUGAAGUGUGGCUCAUCAUCCGGUCGGUGUCACUGUUCCAAGAAGAGCAGGAAAAACAGGAUAAAAAGAGUCAUCAGAGUUCCGGCCGUUAGCUCAAAACUUGCGGAUAUCCCACCAGAUGAUUACUCCUGGAGAAAGUAUGGGCAAAAACCCAUCAAAGGAUCUCCUCAUCCAAGGGGAUAUUACAAAUGUAGCAGUCUGAGAGGAUGCCCAGCACGGAAACACGUAGAACGUGCCUUAGACGAUCCAACAAUGCUGAUUGUAACUUACGAGAACGAUCACAAUCACGCCCACUCCACCGAAACACCUGCACCGCUUGUUCUCGAAUCAUCAUAAUAGUCAACUCAUCCAACGGCCACAAAUCUCCAUCAAUCUUAUAUAUAUAUAUAUAUAUAUAUAUAUAUCAAAAACAAAAUAUAUAUAUAAUUUGGAAAGCUACAGGUUAAAUUUAUAGGGACCAAUAGUCAACGCUACGGCUUCAGCACCGUCUCCAAGAAGAUUAGUAGUGGGUGCGUUGUGCUGUCCGUCUAUAUAGAAAAUUAGGGAUAUGCCCCUUUGUGUUCCCUCUCUCUCUCUCUCAUGAAGGUUUUUCUUUCUUUUGGGGAUUUGGAAAUUUGAAGGGUGUGGGAGUGGGAAGAGGGAAGAGGGAAGAGGGAAGAGGAAAGGCAUGGGACGGUGGGAUUUGGUGGGUGUUGAGUCACGCUACUUAGUGGGCCUUUUUGUUUUUAUAAACUUUCAUAUGCUCUCGAAUAUUAAUAUUCCUUCAGAAUU